AUGGCUGCAGAGGGAGGCCAGCCCGCUCCUGCAGGCGACGCCGCCGUGGGCAAGGACUGCAAGGACGCCAAACUCCAAGGCCAACCUCGAUCCACGCAACAAAAAGAUCGAGCUGCGCCGGCACCCCCGGGCGCCCACGGCGAGAAGAAGCUAUCCAAUGCCGAGCUGAAGAAGAAGGCCAAGGAGGAAAAGGCCGCCAGGAGAGCCCAGGCAAAGGCCGCUCACGUAGCAGCAGCACCUGCCGGGCCUUCAGGAGCGCAAGACGCUGCUGGCGAUGCGAAAUCCGGCAAGGACAGGGCGAAUACGAGCAACUCCAAGCAAGGCGGUCUUCCCUCGCCGACCUCUCAACGGUCUGCUUCGCGCUCUGUGCAGCCGCGCGUCGCCAAGGAGCUGGUGAAGCCCAGGAUCCCGGAAUGCUUCAGCCACUUGUCCAUGGCGAGGAGGAUAGCCAUGACACGGGCAGACAAGGACGUGAGUCCGGUUGUGUUGGCGCUGGGCCAGCAGAUGAGCACGUUUGCCAUCGGCGACAGCACCACGAGGCUGGAGGCCACUCUCCUGGCGUUCAAAAAGGUCAUCGAUGCCUACACCACACCCCACAGCAGCACCUUCUCUCGCCACUUCACCUCGCACGUUCUCAACCCUCAAAUCGAGUACCUUACCGCCUGUCGGCCAAUGUGCUUCUCCAUGGGCAACGCCAUAAGGUGGCUCAAGCUCCAGAUCAGCAAGAUCGACAUUGACCUGCCCGACGCCGAUGCCAAAAGGGGCCUCUGCCAGGCCAUUGACAACUUCAUCCACGAGCGCAUCGUCCUGGCCGACUUCGUCAUCGUCAAGACUGCCGCCGACAUGGUCGAAGACGGCCAAGUCAUCCUGACCUAUGCCCACCACAGGCUCGUCGAGCGCUCGCUCCUGCAGGCCAAGUCGGACGGGAAGCAGUUCAAAGUCAUCCUUGUCGACGACCCCUUCGACCGCGUCGGCCUGGAGCACGCAAAGAAACUAGCCGCCGCCGGCAUCCCCGUCACUUACGCCUCCGACAUGGGCGCCCUGUGGUCCAACCUGCAAGAGGCCACCAUUUUCUUCGCCGCCGCAGAGGCCAUGUUCAGCAACGGCUCCAUGUACGCCCACGCGGGCACCUGCGACAUUGCCACCGCCGCGACGGACCUGGGCCUCCGCGUCGUGGCCCUCUGCGAAACAAUCAACUUUACGGAGCGCGUGUCCAUCGACUCGCUCACCUACAACGAGAUCGAUCCCGAGAGGAACACAGACAAGGAGUUCAGACUGCUGUUCGACACCACCAGGGAUAAAUUCAUCUCCGUCGUCGUCACGGAGCUGGGCAACUCCUCGGCCAUGUCUGUGCCCGCCAUCCUCCGCAAGCUAGAGGAGCUGUAG